AUGGACCACCGAACCCGCGCGAGCAACUAUGCCACCCAGCUCGCAGAGGCGACAAGCCGUAUUGUAGAGCUGGAAGGCCACCUGGCAGACUGCCUGGCCGAGCUCGAGAGCCACCCUGUACCAAAUACGUCGACCGCACUCCCUCCUCAAAACAUUGCCAUCCCAACUCCCACCCCGGACCCUAGCAUCAAGAUCGAGAACGACACAGCUGUUUCCCACGGCAAAGAAAUAGACAAUACCACACUCCUGGCAGAGAACGCGAGCCUAACGAAUGAUCUGAGGACGUACACGACUUUCCUCAAUACCCUCGAGGAAGAAACAGGUGUAGCCGCCGAGGAAUUCGUGCGGAACUUUGCUGCACUGACCAGCCAGAUCGAUAGUGCAAAGGGUAUUGAGGCUGCUCAGGGCCAGCAGAUCCGUACAUUGAGGUCUAAGGUGAAGAAACAAGCUGAGGAGAUUGAGAAGGUGGGGAAAGAGCGCGAUCAGGCCGUUAAGGAGGCGAGGAAGUGUAGGACUGAUGUCAGGAGGUGGGCUGAGACAGGGAUGAAGGCCGCGCGGAUCAAAGAUAUCAAAGGCUCAUCGGCGACCGGUGGGACGUUGGGUUCUGCUACGGUGUCGGCAGCGAGUUCGCCAAUGGCUGAAACGCCACGAACAACAAGUCUUGGUGCAAAGAGGAGACUUGUCGCCACGUUCAGGGCCAAGGAUUAUGACGAUGAGGAGGAAGGUGUGCCGCUUAAGUAG